AUGAACAGAAACAAUAUGAACCAAAUGAUAAACAAAUAUUUGGCCGAUAUGGAGAGCUUUUGUAAAAGAAAUGGUUUAACUAUGACUUUAUUUAAAAAAGAACCAAUUGAUGAAUAUGAUGAUCACAUUUUAGAAGAAAAAAAUGAACAAGACAUUUAUAUAAAAAAUGAAUCUAGCGAAUGUAAUGAAUUUGGCAAAAAUAAUCCAAUAUACAAUCAAUAUGAAGAUAAUGAACAAAAUGAAAUCAAUGAAAAUUGA